UUUAAUCGGGCCUCUCUUUCGGAGUCGGCUUAUAGAAGGGGGUUUGGGCACUUUCCGCAUCUUUCUAGACGGGUGCGGCGAAGUUUGGGGGAGAAAUUUUAGGUCGGCCCUUUGAGGAGAUUUGCGGAAGGAUACUCUUUGUUGUGGAGAGCGGAGGAGUAUUGAGAGAGGGAGUCCAAGAUGGCGACGGCGGCUGCUAGGCCAAAGGAAGAGCAGGAGCUUUGAGAGGAGGGAGAAGGGCCUUUUAGGAGAGUCCUGGUCUCAGGGCCUAGUGAGGCCUAGAGGUCGAAGGGAGGGAGCGGGGAGCAGGGCAUGGCCCCUUGAGGGGCUCCACUGGGGCACGGCUAUGGAGUCCCGGGAGGAGCCGAGCGAAGGCGGGGACCAAGCGCCGCCGCCGCCGCCGCCGCCCUCUUAUGGGGAGAAGGGAGACCAGGACGGGGGAGCCAAGGCGGAGAAGGGGGUCCCCCGGGGCGCCAAGGACGCCGGCGAGGGCGGCAGGAAGGACGGGGGCGGCCGGGGAGAGAGGGCCCCCCUGAAGGCUCCGUGGGGCUGCGACCAAGGCGGCGGGGAGUGGCCCCUGGAUGCGGACCCGCUCCUGCUGCCCCCGGAGGACUUCUUGCCUCCGCCCGAGUGCCCCGUCUUCGAGCCCAGCUGGGACGAGUUCAGCGACCCCUUGGGCUACAUCGCCAAGAUCCGGCCCAUCGCCGAGAAGAGCGGCAUCUGCAAGAUACGCCCCCCCGCCGAUUGGCAGCCUCCCUUUGCUGUGGAGGUGGAUAACUUCCGGUUUACCCCAAGGAUACAGAGGCUCAAUGAACUAGAGGCCCAGACCAGGGUGAAGCUGAACUAUUUAGACCAGAUUGCAAAGUUCUGGGAGAUACAAGGCUCUGCACUGAAAAUCCCUAACGUAGAGAGGCGAAUCCUUGAUUUGUACAGCCUGAGCAAAAUUGUGAUGGAAGAAGGUGGCUAUGAAGCCAUCUGUAAGGAUCGCCGAUGGGCUCGAGUGGCUCAGCGCCUUUCCUAUCCGUCGGGAAAGAAUAUUGGCUCUCUUCUUCGCUCCCAUUAUGAGCGCAUUAUCUACCCUUAUGAAAUGUACCAGUCGGGUGCCAACCUGGUGCAGUGCAAUACCCAUCCAUUUGACAAUGAGGAAAAGGACAAGGAGUAUAAGCCACACAGCAUCCCUUUGCGCCAGUCAGUCCAGCCUUCCAAGUUCAACAGCUAUGGACGCCGAGCCAAGCGUCUGCAGCAAGAGGAAUCUGAAUCAUGCCCUGAACCUGCCAGCGCCCCAGCUCUGUUUCCCGAGCAAGCGCCUCGAGCAUGGCCAGAACCAACAGAAGAAGACAUUGAGAAGAAUCCGGAGUUGAAGAAACUGCAGAUCUAUGGUGCUGGUCCCAAGAUGCUGGGUCUGGGGCUUGUAGCCAAGGACAAGAACAUGCGCAAGAAAGACAAGGAGAUGCCUGAGUGCCCUCCAACAGUGAUCGUGAAAGAGGAGACCCCUGUUCCAGAGACAAAGCUUGAGCCCACCUCGCCCCGAGGCUAUGCAAAUAUGAAAGAGGAAUUAAGGCACAGUCCGGAACCUUGCACCAAGAUGACAAUGCGCCUACGUCGCAACCACAACACUCAGUUUAUUGAGUCUUAUGUUUGCCGGAUAUGUGCACGAGGAGAUGAAGAUGACAAGCUGUUGUUAUGUGAUGGAUGUGAUGACAACUACCACAUCUUCUGCCUAUUGCCACCCUUGCCUGAGAUUCCAAAAGGUGUCUGGAGGUGUCCCAAAUGCGUCAUGGCGGAAUGCAAGCGACCUCCAGAAGCUUUUGGGUUUGAGCAGGCGACUCGGGAGUACACACUACAGAGCUUUGGAGAGAUGGCAGAUUCUUUCAAGGCUGACUACUUCAAUAUGCCUGUGCAUAUGGUGCCAACAGAACUGGUGGAAAAGGAGUUUUGGCGUUUAGUAAACAGCAUCGAGGAAGAUGUAACAGUGGAAUAUGGUGCUGACAUUCAUUCCAAGGAAUUUGGAAGUGGCUUCCCCAUUAAUGAUGGCAAACGGCAGCUCUCUCCUGAGGAAGAGGAAUAUGCAGCCAGUGGCUGGAACCUCAACGUGAUGCCCGUGCUGAAGCAGUCAGUGCUCUGCCACAUCAAUGCUGAUAUUUCAGGCAUGAAGGUUCCAUGGUUGUAUGUGGGCAUGGUGUUCUCUGCUUUCUGCUGGCAUAUAGAGGAUCACUGGAGCUACUCUAUUAACUACCUCCACUGGGGUGAGCCCAAGACCUGGUAUGGUGUCCCAUCCUUUGCAGCUGAACAUCUAGAAGAGGUAAUGAAGAAACUGACUCCAGAGCUGUUUGAGAGCCAGCCAGACCUGCUGCACCAGUUGGUGACUCUUAUGAACCCCAACACAUUAAUGGCUCAUGGGGUACCGGUUGUGCGGACCAAUCAGUGUGCCGGAGAGUUUGUCAUUACAUUUCCCAGAGCCUACCACAGUGGUUUUAACCAGGGCUAUAACUUUGCUGAAGCUGUCAAUUUCUGCACUGCUGACUGGUUGCCAGCUGGUCGCCAGUGCAUUGAGCAUUAUCGCCGCCUUCGCCGUUACUGUGUAUUUUCACACGAAGAGCUCAUCUGCAAGAUGGCUGCUUGCCCUGAGAGGCUGGACCUAAACCUGGCAGCUGCUGUGCACAAGGAGAUGUUUAUCUUGGUGCAGGAGGAGCGUAAACUGCGCAAGGCUCUCCUUGAUAAGGGCAUCACAGAAGCAGAGAGGGAGGCUUUUGAGCUGCUUCCAGAUGAUGAGCGACAAUGUGACAAAUGCAAGACAACCUGCUUCCUGUCAGCACUGGCUUGCUAUGACUGUCCGGAUUGUCUUGUCUGCCUCUACCACAUUGAUGACCUCUGCAAGUGCCCCAGCAGCAGGCAAUACCUUAGGUAUCGGUACACUCUGGAUGAACUACCAGCAAUGUUACACAAGCUGAAGGUCCGAGCAGAGUGUUUUGACACAUGGGCAAACAAAGUUCGAAUUGCUUUGGAAGUGGAAGAUGGGCGCAAGAGAACGUUAGAGGAGCUGCGGGCUCUGGAGUCAGAAGCACGUGAGAGGAAGUUCCCGGAGAAUGAACUGCUUCACCGACUCAAGAGCUGUUUGAGUGAAGCAGAGAAGUGUGUCUCAGAGGCCCUGGGCCUGAUAAGCAGCCAAGAAACAGGAGAAUCAUCAGUUCAUAUGACUGUAGAGGAAUUGCGUGCCUUUCUAGACCAAAUGAACAACCUGCCCUGUGUCAUGCACCAGCUAAAGGAUGUCCAGGGUGUGUUGGAGAAGGUGGAGGCUUUUCAAGCAGAGGUUCAAGAGGCCCUGCAGGAUCUGCCAGGGAACUCUCCAGAGUUGCAUAAGCUGCUGGCACAGGGAACACAGCUGGGAGUGGAGGUACCAGAAAUGGAACUACUGGAGAAGCAGGUGCAACAGGCUGUCUGGCUGGAAGAGGUCAAACAGACUCUGCGUUCACCCCAGGAUAAGGUCACACUGUCCGUCAUGAGGGCACUCAUCACCUCUGGCUGUGGAGUUGCACCCAGCCCAGCUGUGGAGAAAGCCAUGGCUGAGCUGCAGGAGUUACUUACCAUUGCCCAGCGUUGGGAGGAAAAGGCUCAAAUGUGCCUGGAGGCCAGGCAGAAGCACUUGACUGCCACACUGGAGGCCAUCAUCAAAGAGGCAGAGAAUAUCCCAGUGCACCUACCCAAUAUCUUGUCCCUCAAAGAGGCACUGGCUAAGGCACUGGCUUGGAUUGCUGAUGUAGAGGAGAUCCAGAAUGGGGACCAUUAUCCCUGCCUGGAUGACCUGGAGGGUCUUGUGGCUGUGGGUAGGGAUUUGCCAGUCCAUCUGGAAGAACUGCGUCACUUAGAGGUGCAAGUGGCGACUGCACAUUCCUGGCGGGAGAAAGCCUCCAAGACUUUCCUCAAGAAAAACUCCUGUUACACGCUACUUGAGGUGCUGUGCCCAUGUGCUGAUGCUGACUCAGACAGUGUGAAACGUAUGAAGUGGCAGAGGGAGAAGGAGCCGGGCCUGUACAAAUCGGACACAGAGAGCUUGGGCCUCUCAGCACAAGACCUCAGGGACCCUGGCUCUGUUAUUCUGGCCUUCAAAGAAGGUGAACAGAAGGAAAAAGCUGGGAUUCUGCGCCUGCGUCAGUCAAAUGUCCAGAAGCCUGUGCCGUCAGCACACAGUUCUCCUGGAGGCCAGUACUGUGUGUGUUCUCAGCCUCCAAGCCCUGCCAUGCUGCAGUGUGAACUGUGUCAGGACUGGUUCCAUCCCACCUGUGUGGCUUGGCCCCGCUUGGGCAACCCUCGUCCCUCUCCUGCGUGGUGGGAAUGGGAUGCAAAAUUCCUGUGCCCACUCUGCCAGCGAUCUCGUCGGCCUCGCCUAGAAACGAUCCUGGCCCUGCUUGUGGCCCUACAGAAGCUCCCUGUACGGCUACCUGAGGGAGAAGCCCUGCAGUGUUUGACAGAGCGAGCCAUUACAUGGCAGGACCGUGCCCGCCAACUCCUAUCUUCCUCCGAUGUAGUAGCUGCCUUGGAGCGUCUGGCAGAGCUGCGGCAGCGGCUUCUUGGGGACUCAGCCAAGGAAGCGGGUGCACUCAAAGAGAGCAGCUGCAAUGAACAGACCAAGGUUUCAUUGGAGAAUGGGAACUCCACAACUCCAGAAAAGCACAGCUCCUGUGCCUCAGACCUAGAGAUGCUCAACUCUUACCUGCCAAAGCUGCAGGGCCCUGUACUGGAGCUACCUGAUACCAUCCGUCUUCCCCUGAAGGAGCUGCUAAUGGAGGGGGACCUUCUGGAGGUGACGUUAGAUGAGAUUCAGAGCAUUUGGUGCCUGGUUCAGGCGGCUCAUACCCCCCAGCUUGAAAAAUUUCGCCAACUGCUAGAUCUGGAACAAGCAGAACGGCGUGUCACCCGUGGGCGAGGUCGGGACUCAGAGCGACGGCGGAAGCGCAAGACAGAGCGGGGCGACUAUGCACCCCUGCCCAAGGAGGAAUUAGAGCCAAAGAAGAUCCGGGGGGCAGACCCAGGGCUGCCCCAGGGUGGCGCUUCCCCUGCAGCAGGCACAGAUUGCAGUCACAAUGGAGUUGGGUUGUGACAGCUAGAAGAUGCCUGGGUUUCCCCUUCCUGGACUACACUGCACUGCAAGGGAUUCUGGCAGCCCCGUGUCACGCUGUUGGUUUGACUAGCACUCUUCAUGGGGGGUAGCCAGCCCCAGAAGUGGGGGACUGCAACUCCCCCUCCCCACUUGGGACUCAGCACUGGCCCUGCACCAGACUAUUUUCGGACGAUGUAAUAUUUCGUUUUCUUUUUCCUCCUUUUGUAUUGUUGAUACCUCGGAAGGGGGAGAGGCAUUGCAGGGGUCACCAACACGCAGGGUCCGCUUGUUCCCGUUUGGCAGAAGCAGCAGAGAAUGCUAACCCUGCUGCUGUAAGGACUCAAGCUUUGCAGAGCCCUGUUCUGGGUGGUAGCAGUGUGUGCUGGGACUAGCCCCAGCACCUCACUUCAGGCAGAAGGAGGAGUCAAGAGCCCUCCCGAGGGCUGGGUCGGGCUCCUCGUACCAGCAUCCCCUGGAAUACCACAGGGACGGCACCUCCUGUUGGACAGAGGGGCAGCUCUCCCCAAACACCCCUAUCCUCCUCUGGUACCUGUUGGGUUUUAUAGGAAUUGGGGUAACCACUUUGUUCUUUAGGGUGGUGGAAAGGGCAAGGAAUCUUAGUUCCACUUCAACCUCUACUUCACCCUCACCUUCCCACUCCCAAAUCAUAGGCCCCAUGCUGCCUCAGGCUCUGACACUAAAGUCUUUUGUCUUUCUCUUUUUAGUGUUUUUCCUUUAUUUUCUGCAGCAGAGGAGGGUGGGUUGUUGGGGGUAGAGAGGGGUGUGUUAUUUUAUUGUAUUAUGAUUUUUUUAUUAUUAUUAAACUUUGGAGGUUAAUGAACUUG